AUGGAUAUUCUACAUAUCCGUCGCAAGGAUACUACGAAAGGUCCACCACUACGGAUUCUGUCACUAGAUGGCGGUGGUGUCCGUGGCUACUCCAUGCUCAUCCUCCUCCAAGAACUCAUGCACCGCACCUACGUCGAAUGCGAAGGUAAAGCCCCCGCACGCAACCAAAUUCCCAAACCAUGCGACCAUUUCGACCUUAUUGCCGGCACUGGAACCGGCGGACUCAUUGCGCUCAUGCUUGGUCGGCUCCGGCUGGAUCUGGAGACAUGCAAGGAUGUAUACGUGCGCAUGACUAGACGAGUCUUCGAAACCGAUAAGACCAUUGCCGGCAUCCCCUAUAGGUCAACUCUCUUCAAAGCCUCGAAGCUGGAAGAGGCCAUCCGCCAGUGCGUGUGGGAGCAUACAGUCUCCAUGGAGGAGGGAAAUGAUGGUUCCCCCAGGACUCAGAAACCCAUCUCUGUCCACGGCCCAGUACUGCGCCCGCGCUCAGCUCACACGCUGCACAGCCGGACCAGUCGGUCGAGCGUCAGUACAACGGGUGCAUCACCAGUUCGGUCGCCAGCGAGUUUGCGCGGGUCUCAUAUUCAAGGCUGGGGGAAUGCCGAUGCAAUACUUUAUGAUAAGCGGGAAAACAGGACGAAGACUGCGGUUGCGGCUGUUUACAAAGGGACCCCGAUGGAUGGAAAUCCGACUCUGCUACGAUCGUACGAUUCGCGAAAGGAACCCGCGCCGGAAUUCAACUGCACGAUAUGGCAAGCUGGACGGGCAACAUCCGCAACAGGGCUUGCAUUCAAACCUAUUUUAGUAGGACAACAUGUCUUCAUUGACGAGGGGGCUGGUAAAUAUAAUCCCGCGCCAAUUAUUCUCGAUGAAGCAGCCGUCAAUGAAUGGCCAGGGAGAGAAGUGGGCCUUUUCGUCAGCGUUGGAACGGGCAAACGACCCUCAGGAACAAAUCAUAUCCAACAUGAGUGGUGGGAGGAUGUUUUCGCCGAUUCCCUGGGCAAUUUUGCUGAAGCGCGAAGACGGCUGAUUGCGAAAAUCGAGGGCUGCGAAAAAAUACAUCAAUACAUGCUCAAGGAACAUCUCAGAAAACGCAACGUUCCGCUAGAAAAUUACGUCCGUCUCAACGUUGAAGUUGGCGUGGGAGAGUUUGGCAUGAAUGAAUGGAAUCGCCUGGCGGAAAUUAGCACAAGCACCCGGACUUAUCUCUCCCGGAACGACGUGCAGAAGAUGAAUCAGGAGGCGGCUGUCAAGUUGGCCAAGAUCCAUUUUAUUCAUCGUAGGCUUGUGGUGGGCGAUGGAGGGAGGGACUGGGGUGCUGAUUCCAACAGUUUCGAAGAAGGCUUGGAAGAUGGAGAUGUAUUCCAGCGGCAAUAUCAUCGACCGGUCCCUCCUAUCCCGGUGUCCAUGCCGUCACCACACCCGAAUCCGUGCCCUCCACCACCAUCCACCAUCGAAUUCCCAGACGCAGUCGAACUUCCUGGAGAGGAUUUUAUCCCGUUUUCAUUCGUGAAUAAUAACACGAAUAAUUCAAACCCACCACCCCUCCCAACCUCCAGCUAUCCACAAAUAAACCGCACGAGUUCCCAAGAAAAAUAUACAGUCGUCACCUCCGAUGAACACAUUCCUCACCCACUCAACUUCAGCCGCAAGACUCCGAUCCCGAUGCCAACCCCAUCCUCGCCCACAACCAACCAACCAUCACCCUUCACCUCUCAGACCCGCCUAAACAGCAGCGACCACCGAAAUCCCAGUAGUCGCCCACAAAGCAGCUACAACAAUCCUUCCGCAUCCUCCCCCCGCGUCAGCGCCGAGCUGUUCAUAAACCCUCCCCCGCUAGCAGUAACAACAACCCGCCCACCAAGCAGCCACCAAAACCAAACCCAAACUCACCAUUCCGUUCGCCUCUCCCAUACCCCGCCCCUAAGCCCACCACCCAGCCACCCACCGCCGCCGCUCCCGCCCAAGACACCCAUCCCAUACCCUGAAGAUGGCUAUGGGCAUGGCUCACCUUCCGCCCCUGGUCCUGGUCCUGGUCCUGGUCCUCCUCGCCCUGGCUCCGGGUACGGGCAUGGGCAUGGGCAUGGGCAGGGGUAUGCACCGGCGGUCAUGCCAAUCCCGCCGCGGGCGCCGAAUAGGCCGAAUAGUAACUCUUACGGGGGUUUGCAGAGUGGCAAUGGGAUUGGGAUUGGGAUUGGGAACGGGAACGGGAACGGGAAUGGUGUUGCGAAAUUGCCGUAUCCUAGUGAUGGGCCGCCGCCGUUGGUCAAUAAAGGGCGGAAGCCGACGUAUAGUCGGCGGUGA